GUCAAUUUUGAUAAAAAAUGGAGAAACCAGAUACUCAAGAACAGCUGCUUGGUGACGAUGAAGACUCAGAUCUAUUCAAAAGUUCCUUAAAUGAAGAGCAAACUAAGCUACUUAGAGUCAGAUUUGAUGAGGAUGAAGAGAAGGAAGACACACACCAGACUGAACCGACUAGAAGAAAGAGGAAAGAGACAAUAGUUAUCCGCAAAGAUCAGUGGAGGGAUAUCUGUAUCAAUCCAGGCAUCGAGUUCAGAGAUCACCGUAAUGGUGGGUUUAGAGGGAAUCUUAUAAAAACCUCUAAGUAUACCAUCCUGAAUUUUCUACCAAAGAACUUGUUCCUGCAGUUUACUAAAUAUGCAAACGUGUAUUUCUUGGCGAUGGUAGUGUUGCAAUGAAUCCCAGCUGUCUCAAUCACACAAGGGCAGCCAACGAUUCUGUUCCCCCUAGGAUUCGUAACCUUAGUUUCUAUGGUCAAGGAUAUCAUAGAAGAUUACAAAAGGUAUUCUUCUGAUACAGCAGAGAAUAAUAGAAAAGGUUGGUAUUUCUUCCAAAAUUGUCUCAUGUCCUAUAGUCCUGGUUCUUCCUCAAGGUACUCAAGAGGAGGAAGCAGAACCCAGAGAAGGAGAGGAACACUUCAAAGAUAUCAAGUGGAAGUCAGUCAAGGUCGGCCAACUGUGUAAA